AUGUUACGGACUAAAUAUUUAGGUACAAGGAACUGCUACGGUGGCUGCAAGCUUUGUCCUCCAGGCCUCAACAUUGAGAUUAGUGGCGGUAGUGGAGGCGGCGGCGGUGGUAGUGAUGAUGAUGAUGACACCAGUGUUCGCAAGACUACUGUUACAGAAAGUGCCUACAUAACAACCAAGACCGUAGAUGACAAGCUCACCACCAUCACCGAAAGUGCUACCACAACAACCGAAACCGAAACUGAAAGCAGAAGCACUGAGAGCUCUACCACUCUCACGGCUGGCAUUGCCAUUGGAACUUACACAGCUUUCGCCGAGACCAGUGGGGUAUUGGAUGCCACAACGGAACCCAUCGCAAGCCUCCAGGCACUUGCCUCAACUAUCUCCAGGGAAUUUUCAUCUCUUUACUCUGCCGAGAUCUCCUCUCUCACAGCCGGUCUCUACACCACAACGACAUCGAUAUCGACAACUUCCACAUCAAAAACAACAACAACAAAAACAACAGUCACUGUACCCACUGUGACUGAGUAUUGUGCGAAAUAUGUUGUUGAAAACGAAGAUACGACUUUGGACAAAUACGGUUCCAAGUAUUAUGAGUUUAUCUUUGCUAUGUGGGGUAUAAGUUGGCCAGAGGCAGACAACAUCAAAACCGACAUUACCGACAUGCUGUCAAAGUGUGACGUUUCAGCAGAUAUUGAUGUUGUUGUUGAUACCGCCCGAUGGGGUACAAUAGCAAUGUGGAAUAAUGGCGAGAAUUAUGCUCUUGAUUCAUGUAUCGCCGGGACUAUCGAGUCUCUUGGUGGAAGUAAACCUGCCUGUAAAUGGAUCUACAAGGAAGGUGAAGAGGAUUUCUCAGCGCAGGACUCGGCAGAGGAAGAAAUGGUUUGGAUUUACGAGUACCAUUCAUCUGUGGUGACAUCACCAUAUCCUCUUACAACUUGA